CUAUGUGGGAGGACAGAGAUUUGACAUGGACGCCUCUUAAGAGCGCUCGGUGGGAGUGCGGUGGUCACUGCGCGCGCUGGAUGGCUUUUGUUGGGAGUUUGCGGAUGACACGCAGCCCGUGGACUCGCCGUAGAAGGAAUAGUCGGAGCCACAGCGCGUGUUUAUAUGUUUUUUUUUUUAAAUUUCCGUUGACGGAAUGUGGGCCGCUACUUUAAAGAUGAAAGCGAGCUGUGCAACAGGGGAUUUUUUCCCGGAAACUAAUGGGUAGACUACUCCGUCACGAUUUUUAUUUACCCUACGGUGUAUGGAAAGGGCUCCUGGAUGGACCUGGGCGAACACAGCUGGUCCAUGGUCAAGCGAGAAGUAUCCAGCAGACCAGGCUCGCCGGCUGAGCAGACCUACCUGUCCGGGGACAGCAGGAGGGACGGCCCCGCCUCGGACGAGCUGAGGACACCUCCGAUCGACCUUGACGCCCUGGGGCACCGCCGCUCCGACGGCAGGUCACUACACUCCUACGUUCACUUCGGACACCAUAGCAACACCCUGACCCACGCCGAGGACAUCCCGCUGUUUACGGAUUUAGACCAGGGCAGCAAACUCGUCCUCGCCGGCGGAGCGCACAAGGCCAGCUUGCUGGUGGACCCGAGCGACAUGUACCAAACGCUGGCCAUCGCCGCGGCGGCCCAGAGCCAGAAUGGAUACGAUUCCUCCUCCGGUGGUUAUAUGCACUCCAACCCGAACUCCCCCGUGUACGUGCCCAGCUCCCGGGUGGGCCCCAUGAUCCCCAGCCUGUCCUACCUGCAGGCCGGCGGCUCGGCGCAACCCAGCCACGCCGUCUCCAGCCACUCGGUGUGGUCUCAGUCGGCACCGGAGAGCCCGUCAUACAGCACCGGGAGCCCGCACACCUCCAGUCGCUUCCACUACCCUCCGAGCCCGCCCAUGAACAACGGCACGCCCCGGGACACCGGUUACGGGAACACGUUGAACGUGGGCAGCAGAGACCAGUACGGCCUGUCUCGGUCCCUCGGUGGAACCUACGCGAAUCCGUACUCUCCAUACGUCGCGCCGCAGCUGUCCCAGCUUCCCUCGCCUUGGACCGGGGGACCUUUCGACAACACGAUGCUGCACACCUUGCAGAGCAGAGGCGCGCCCUUGAUUCGAGGACCAAACGGAGUUUCAGACAUUCUCGACGACAUGGGGGAGAGCAGAGAGUGCGUGAACUGCGGCUCCAUCUCCACGCCUCUCUGGAGGCGCGACGGCACGGGCCACUUUCUCUGCAACGCCUGCGGCCUCUACAGCAAAAUGAAUGGGCUGAGUCGGCCAUUAAUUAAACCACAGAAACGGACGUCGACCUCCAGGAGGAUCGGCCUGUCCUGCGCCAACUGUCAAACCAGCACGACCACAUUGUGGCGCAGGAACGCAGAGGGGGAGCCCGUGUGUAACGCGUGUGGCCUCUACACAAAGCUGCACGGGGUGCCUCGGCCGCUCGCCAUGAAGAAAGAGGGAAUCCAGACACGAAAAAGAAAACCCAAGACCUUGAGUAAAACAAAGGGAUCCUCCGGUAAUAACAACUCUGUCUCUAUGACUCCCACCUCUUCCUCAAAUUCUGAAGAUUGCUCGAAAACCAGCUCUCCCACGGGACAGGUGUCAGGGGUCAGCUCGUCCGUGCUGUCCAGCCCGGGGGAAGGAACCGGCCCAGCGGUGAAGUACCCGGGACAGGACAGCCUGUACACCAGCGUGGGUCUGUCCCAGCCGCCGGACGUAGCGUCGGUGAGGGUCGAACCCUGGUGCCCGAUGGCCUUGGCUUGAACAUCUAAAUCUCGGGGAGGAUGCGGCCCUGGAUCCCCGGACCCUCCGUCUGGAUACUAUGUGGCGUGGAAGCGUUGGUUGCUUCCUUUCCUUCGGCUCCGCAGCUGGUGCGAGAGGAGUGGGACGGAGGGGGUGUGUGU